AUGGCGUCUGGAGGAGCGCAGCCAAACCAGCCUCUGCCUUCCAAAGAGGCGGGGCUAUUCAAGCAAGUGUUACGCUACCAUGAGUCUAAACAAUACAAGAAGGCUAUAAAGACUGCAGAUCAGAUCUUAAAGAAAUUCGCGGAGCAUGGCGAAACAUUGGCGAUGAAGGGUCUAUGCCUGCGCAACUUGGCGCCUGACAGCGAGAAGGAGAAAAAGGAGGAAGCAUACGAGCUCGUUAGGAAGGGUGUAAAGUGCGACUUGAAAAGCCAUGUGUGCUGGCACGUCUACGGCCUACUUUACCGCCAGGACCGGGAGUACAAGGAGGCCAUUAAGUGCUAUUUAAAUGCUCUUCGGAUAGACAAGGAGAACAUCCAGAUUUUGCGCGACCUGGCGUUGCUGCAGAUUCAAAUGCGUGACUUACAGGGCUUCGUGGACACGCGGCAUCAGCUGCUCACGCUGAAGCCCAGCAACCGCAGUCACUGGAUCACCUUCGCCGUGGCUCAUCACAUGAAUGGAAACCAUGAGCUGGCGGUCCAGGUUCUCGAUCAGUUUGAGCGCACUCUGGAUGAGGUACCUGCGUCGGAGGCGUAUGAGCAUAGUGAAAUGUUGCUGUAUGCGGCGACGGUCCUGGCAGAUGGCGGCAAGCCCGAGGAGGCACUGGAAUACGUGGAAAAGCGGAAGGAUAAGAUUAAGGACCGGCUGGGGCUGGCGGAGAUGCAGGCAGGGCUGCUACUACGGGUGGGGCGCAAGGCUGAGGCGGCGGCCUCUUAUCGGCGGUUGCUGGCGACCAACCCAAAUAACUACAAAAUCCAUGACGGACUGCGGGCGGCUAUGGAGCUGGUGCCCACAUCAGAGUCGGGUGGCGUUCUUACGGAUGAACAGCGGGCGUCCCUCACGUCGCUUUACGACGAGCUUCAAUCCCAGUUCCCGGGGAGCAGCGCGUGUCGGCGCAUUCCCCUGGACUUCAAGGUGGGAGAUGCCUUCAAGGCCGCAGCAGACAUGUACUUGCGGGUGGGCCUGACGCGGGGUGUCCCGUCGCUUUACGUGGACGUGCGGCCACUGCUGGCGGACCCGGUGAAGCGGGAUACCGUACGUCAACUAGUGGAGUCGUACCGGGACACAUUGCGCAGCACGGGGGCCUACCCACCCCUUACAGGCGCAACUUCCGACUCGGUGUCGCCGGAGUCGCCUCAGACCCUGGUUUGGGUGCUCCUCUUCUUGGCGCGCUUCUACGACCGGCAGGGUCAGUUGGAGGAGGCACUGGCCCACAUCGACGAGGCCAUUGCACACACGCCAACUUGCAUUGAGCUGUACGUAGCCAAGGCCAAGAUUCUAAAACAUGCGGGAGACCUGGAGGGCGCAGCGCACAUGGCGGAGACCUCUCGACGGAUGGAUCUGCAGGAUCGCUUCCUUAAUAGCGUGGCCGUCAAGGCGCUGCUGGCAGCAGGCCAUUGCAGCGCAGCGGAGCGCACCGCCGCGCUCUUCACUCGCGAUGGCGAGCAGGGCGCAUACUCCCUGUAUGACAUGCAACACAUGUGGUACGAGGUGGCGGCAGGGCGUGCGCACACCGCGCGUGGGCCGCAGGGCGCCGGCCCCGCAUUGAAGAAGUUUAUGGCGGUGGUGCAGCACUUCGCGGACAUCCACGAGGACCAAUUCGAUUUCCAUUCGUAUUGUGUACGAAAAGGCACGCUGCGGUCUUACGUGUCGAUGCUGGGCAUGAUGGACCGGUUGUACGGCCAUGCAUUCUACUCCAAGGCGGCCGGCGGCGCCAUCCGCGUUUACUUGCAGCUCCACGACUGUCCGCCGGGAUCCGCCAAUGGAACGGAUGAGGAGGCGCUCCUAGGGGGCAUGACACCAGAGGAGCGCAAAAAAUACAAGUUGGCCAAGAAGAAGGAGGAGCGGGAGGAGCGGGAGAGGCGCGAGCGUGAAAAGGCAGCGGCACAGAAGGGCGGCAAGAAGGGCAACGCGGCUGCAACCAAACGUGAACCCGACCCCGACCCUGACGGCGCCAAGCUGGCCGCCACUCCAGAUCCGCUGGGAGAGGCGUCCAAGCUGGUGGAGAUGUUGGUGCGCCACGCUGGGGAGCGCCUGGCAAGCCAUCUGCUAGCAGCAGAGGUUGCGCUGCGUAAGGGCCGUCUGGUGGUGGCAGUGGGGGCAGUGCGCAAGGCGGCGCAAGUGGCGGAGGGCGGUGCAGCGCAUCCGGACGUGCAUGUGCUGGUGCUGCGUCUGGCGCUGGCGGGUGGGUGGCUGAAUGGGCGAAUGGGGACAGGGUGGACAGGCUAA